CGUACAGAGGCUCGCCGAAAAGAGAACUUCGCCAAAAAGAGAACUUUGAUUGGCCCUGACCAAGCCGAUGCAGCUGGAGCAGGAGCAGGAAGAGGGGGUGUGAAAGAGUUUUCGAGAGAGAAACUUUGAGAGAAAGAGAUAAUGGCAGAAAAUGCAAUUCUAGGGUUUCUCCAGUACAACGAGGAGAUACCAGACUCUGGUCGUUUUGCGGAGACUCUUGGCGUCGAUCACAACCUCCUUGUCAAUGUCAUCAAGAGCCUUCAUGGUUUCAAGCUUGUCGAUGCAGAGGAUAUCAAGAGAGAGAAGUGGGUUCUCACAGAUGAGGGCAAAUCAUACACAGUGGCGGGCUCCCCCGAAGUUCAGUUUUUCUUUGCGAUUCCCCCUGAGGGUAUCUCUAGGGAAGAAUUACAGCGGAAGAUAGAUCCCUCUGUUUACAAAAUAGGUCUUUCUCAAGCCGUGAAAAACAAAUGGGUGGAGGUUGGGAAGCUCCUAGUGUCUAGAAAGGUUCAACAUGUUGAGGAUCGGGUAAAAGAGUUACUUCUGCAAGUACAGAUGGGAGAGGCAUUGCAACUGGAAGAGAUUGAUUCUUUGAAGAGAAGGAAGUUAAUCGCUUUGCAAACAUGGAAGGGCUACUCAUUGAGAAAAGGUCCCAAUUAUGCCCUGAAGAGGACUAAGGCAGCUACUGAUCUAACUCGUGAGCAAUUACAGAGGGGGGAAUGGAAGGAUCUGGAGUUCAAAGAUUACAACUUCAGUGCUCUAGGCCAACCCACGGAAGGUGGCCAUCUUCAUCCUCUGCUGAAGGUUAGGGCUCAAUUCAGGGAGAUCUUUUUGGAAAUGGGUUUUGAGGAGAUGCCAACCAAUAACUUUGUUGAAAGCAGCUUUUGGAACUUUGAUGCUCUCUUCCAGCCACAGCAACAUCCAGCCCGUGACUCCCAUGAUACGUUCUUUCUACAGGUACCUUCGACUACAAAGAAGCUACCUGAAGAUUAUUUGGAGAGGGUACAGAAAGUUCAUGAAUCUGGUGGUUAUGGUUCUAAAGGUUAUGGAUAUGUUUGGAAGAGGGAGGAGGCAGAGAAGAACUUACUCCGAACCCACACAACAGCUGUUUCCUCAAGGAUGCUUUACUUGCUUGCUCAGAAACCUUUCACACCAAAGCGGUACUUUUCAAUAGAUCGAGUUUUUAGAAAUGAGGCGGUGGAUCGAACUCAUCUUGCAGAGUUUCACCAGAUAGAGGGUCUUGUUUGUGAUCGAGGUUUGACUCUUGGAGACCUGAUUGGUGUCUUGAAUGACUUCUUUUCACGAUUAGGCGUGUCCAAGCUACGGUUCAAGCCUGCGUAUAAUCCAUAUACCGAGCCUAGCAUGGAGAUUUUCAGCUACCAUGAAGGGUUCAAGAAAUGGGUGGAGGUUGGCAAUUCUGGCAUGUUUAGGCCUGAGAUGCUGCGUCCUAUGGGGCUUCCUGAGGAUGUUAAUGUGAUUGCAUGGGGUCUAUCUCUUGAAAGGCCUACCAUGAUAUUGUAUGGCAUUGACAACAUCCGAGAUCUUUUUGGGCACAAGGUGGAUCUUGGUCUCAUAAAGAAAAACCCCAUUUGUCAGCUUGGGAUAAAGCAAAUUGAUUGACUCAAAUCAUGAUUUUUUUCCCUCCUGUUUUGAGUGAGGGAAUUUUCCGCAUAUAGCUCAACUGGGAACAAUUGCAUGGUUCCCAAAAUGGUUUUGUAGGAUCCUUUUAAUUUAUGCUGAAGUUUAAUGCUUCAGUUUUGUUAGUUGAUGAGGAGUUUGUGAUUCCACACUCAAUUAGAGGUGUUUUUCUAAUGCGUGCCUCUGCUUUGCUCUCAACACUGACUGAGGCUUCAAAUGGUUUUGCUAUUCGUUGUUCUGGUAAUCCGUUAUUUUAGUAGAUCUGGAGUUUGGUUUGAACCAGAGAAUGAGAUGCAUUUUAAA